AUGGAAGAUCCAAGAUUGAUUGAUAAUUUACGUGAUUUUUUAGUGCAUCUUCCGAAACUUUUGGAUUGCGAGUAUAAUGAGGCAGUGAGUUUUUAUGUUUGGAAAGUUUUAAAUACUUGUUUGUAUUCUAAACCUAAUUGGAGUUAUUUGAUAAAUGUAUUGACUUCUGUUAAUUGGUAUAAUGGUACUUAUUCAAAUGCGUUGACCAUGGGGAAUUGGAAAAAUUUAGAUAAUUCAAGUGAAAAUUUACAUAUUGGAAGUUGUUGUAAUAGACAAUGUUAUCCAACUCAGACUGUUUAUUACUGUCUGACUUGUACUAUCAAUCCUUUAUAUGAAAUUUGUGAAUUGUGUUUCGACGAGGAUAAACAUGUUGGUCAUACUUAUAUUUCAAAAUCUGUUAUAAGGCCGGAGGGCAAAGUUUGCCAUUGUGGUAAUCCAAAUGUAUUUAAGAAACCAGAAUUCGCAUUUAAUUGUAAAAAUGAACAAAAUAAUAAUAUUCCUAAUAAUGAUGAUGAUGAUAACAAUACUAAUUUUUUUUUUAACGGUAAUACUAAUGAUAAUGACGACUUUAAUGAAGAUGCAUUCAAAAAUUUUAAUCAAGUACUUGAUCAUAUUAUUGAUAUAUCAGUAUAUUUUAAAAACUUAAGACACGUUACGCCACUAGCUGAAACUUUGGAAAACUCAGCUCAAAAAAAUAAAGAAUCACAUGUUGAUAGAGAUUCAAAUAUUUUUAGAAAUACUUCAAAAACUAUUAUUGACGAUAGUAAGGGUACCUAUAGUACUGUACAAAACAAGGAAAUUGGGUAUGAAAUGCCACACGAUGAAGUAUGGACUCUACAGAUAGACGAGGAAGAUACUAAUAUAAAUUAUAUCGAUUUAAUGGAAAAAAUUUCAAAAAUUAUUAAAAAACCAAUAGAAUACGCAAUAAGCAUCACUAAAGAACUGGAACAAGGUGCAAGAUCGGUGACAAUUGUCCAUAGCAAAGACUUUUUAAAAUUGAAAAGAAUCCAUAAAGAAUUUGAGAGUGAAGGUGUCACCUCCCAUUUAAGAAAAAUGAACGAUAUUUUUAAACAGGACUUGGUAGAAGAUCUAAUCCAUUGGCUAUUUAAUAUUUGCUUGAAAAAUAAUACUCCACUUUCAAUCAAAAAUUCUUUAAGAAUAUCGAUGCUUGAUUCAUGGAAUUCAAAUUUGGUUUCAAAUCAAUCUACUAAGGGCAACAUGGGUCCAUAUUUACAAUCAAUUAAUCUAUUAGGUGGGUUCCUUGUUUCAUAUGAAGAGAAGGAAACUUUCCCGUGGUUUAAACCAUGGUCAUUUUCAGAUGAAAGUAACCCACAGCUACAUAGAAUCAUGUUAAAUUAUGACCGAAAGCUAGCGGACACAUCCUCGUCAUCUGCCGCUAACCGUUUUAAAGGCUUACAUGGAUCAAGAUUUCAAUAUCUAAUAAUUAAUACAGCAGAAAUACUAUCGGCCUUAGGUAGAAACCGCCUUUUAAAAUGUAUUUGUACUAUGUUCACCAUAGUAGACAAGACAAAAAACUUUUUAGCAGCUCAGUAUCUAGAUAUCUAUCUAGCAGUGCUAUACAGUACCGUAGCAUCUGAUUCUUCAGGCUUUAAAGUUUCACUAAUGAGUAUCCUAGCACAAUAUACGUUCCAAGACCCCAAAGUUUCAAAUAUGGCAAUCAGAUCACAAUUUAUUGAAAGAAUAAUACGUUUUGCAUUUACUUUAAUGUCUUUCACUUCAGAGGAUCUGUUGGAUUAUUUCCCCAUUGUUCUCUCCAGACAUAUUAGAUUACCACCUGAAACUAUCAAAAAUAGAAAAACCAUCAUUUGUUUUAAGGACUUAUGCGUUUUAAUGUCAACAAAUACAAUCUCUGAAGAGCUUUUAGAAAAUGAUACCAUAGUAAACAUGAUAAUAGAAUGCAUUUCACAAUUUAAUAAUAUCUUGCCUCUAAAAAGAGAGACCUCAGAACAUGUGGAAUUUGAGAAUUUUGAUUUUUCCUGUUUUUACUUUUAUUUUCCUUCAAUUUUAAUUAUGACUGACAGUUAUAUUAGAACAUUAUCAAUGAUAACUGAUGGAGAAAAGCGAAAAAAACUUUCAAUGAAAUUAGCGAAUAUAGGUCUAGUAAAGGAAUUAGAACUUUUGAGUCAAUCUAGAAAACCUCUUACUUCUCCCUCCAUACCAGCAACAGGUAAAAAUCUAGAGAAUUCUGGCUUAGCCUUUAUCAAAGAAAACAUCUGCAAUCAUUCUGCUGAUGUAGUCAGUUUCAAAGUUGGUGCAGAUAUUCAAAAUUUUUUCAACCCAAUGUCUUACUUCUUUAAAUUCGUGGUUCAAUGGAGUAAAUGUGGUAGAUAUAGUCCAUUAAGUGAUAAUUUAAAAAAUUCGGUCGACUUUAAUGAGAUAUUUAGUGAUAAACAGAAAUGUCUAUUGAUAUCUGAAUCUGCACUUUCAACGUUAGUUUUGAUAGGUCAAAUUAAUGUCGGGUUUUGGGUGAGGAACGGUGCACCCAUUUUACAUCAAUUAAGAAUGUAUACUAAAUAUAAUAUGCGAGAAUUCACAUUCUUCAGUGAUGUUCAUAAUGUUCAAUUUAGUAUGUCAAUGGCUGAUCCUAAUGAUUUUAUGGUUUCAUUUUUAGGAAGAUGGGGUUUAAAAAAUUGGGCUAAUGGUGUACCAAUGGGCGACUACCCUGAUAAAGAGACCACUGUGUCGAUAGUAGGUCAGUGUAUCUUAUUGUUAAUUCAACUAUUAACUGAUGUACGAUCACUGAUUAUGUCAUCAUCAAUAGAUGGCUUUGAAAGAUCAAUGAAAACUGAAAUUAUCCAUGCUCUAUGUUUUCAAAGUUGCACUUAUACUCAAAUUAUGGCCUCUAUACCAGAGUACAUCACAAAACAUGUAUCGUUUGAUCUAUAUUUAGACAUGUACUCAGAUUUUUCACCACCUUCAGGAUUGACAGAUUUUGGUCUUUAUAGCUUAAAACCCGAAUUUAUUAAGGAUAUCGAUCCUUAUUAUAUUGGCUUAUCAUCAAGCAAGAGGUAUGAAGCCGAAAAGUGUAUUAGGAAUUAUACUGAGAAGGAGUUAAAUAUAAGUUAUGAUUCUACUUUUAUCCCGGUAAAGAAAAUUAGCCAUUUAUUGAAGGAUACUCCAUAUACUCAAUUGUAUGCCAUCACAUCAACGGAUACAUUUGGUAUUUUCUUAAAAAAUACCCUGGAUCAUAUUAUCAAAAUGGAACAUGAUAAUUUGUUGCCUAUGGUUGUACAUUUGAUUCAUACUUGCGUUGUUAACAAUAUCGGUGGGUUCAUGAAAAUUUUUUGGCGCGAAUAUGAUGUUAUACAUCCUGAAUAUUGUCACUAUCAUAGCAUUGGGUCAAAUUUGUACUCUUGCCUACUAAAUGACAAUUUUGUAAGUGUCCAUGGUAAAAUCAGGGAAAUUUUUAGGUUUCUUAUGGAAAAUACCCCCCAUAUAAAUGUUUUGGAUUAUCUUAAAGAACAGACUCCUUCCUUUAAUGUGAAUAUUUUAUUUUCCUCAGAUAACACCAAAGCAACAAAAGAUGAGGAAUUUGAAAAGAAAAAGCAGCUUGCGAAAUUAAGAAAGGAGAAACUCUUAAGAAAACUAGCCAAACAGCAGAUGAAAUUCAUUGAAAAUAACAGCAUCUCAUCUCCAGAAAAACCAGAUUUACAAUCUAAAAUGUCUGAUGACAAUCUAUAUGAUUUGAAUUCUGGAUGGCAGUUUCCAGAAGAUUCUUGCGUGUUUUGUAAGAUGAAUAAGGAUGAUGAUAUUUUUGUAUACUUUUCUUACCUGGAGGUAAAUAUAUGUGACCAUGGUAUCAAUUUUGGGAACCCUUCCGCUGUUUGCAGACUAUUUUUAGGACACGAUAAAGCUAAGCUAAACGAGUUGAGAAAUGUUAAUGAAGGGAUGGAAAUGACAAAACAGGAAGAAGUUCUUCGCGCAUGCGGUCAUGGUGCCCACAUUACGUGCCUAAGCAAUCACAUGAAAUCGAUAAGUGCAGCUCACAAUCAGACAACGAAAAAUAUACCUGUUUCAUUUGGGUUUGGACUAAUGUGUUGUCCAUUAUGCAAUGGUUUAUGCAACUCCUUUCUACCAAAAUUUAGCGAUUGUAACAACAAGGAUUUUUCGAAAUUUCUUUCCAGCAACGUUUUAUCAAGAAAGCAUUCUAAAAACAUAUGGAAGCCUAUGGCGGCAGCAACAGGGAUGAGGUCUGCCUGCAUUUUUAAAGACUUAUUGAAGGUGUCCUCAGUUAAUAAAAAAUUGAUAGACAUAGUUGAUAAACUGUUGACGAGCACUUCUUCAAAUAUCGAGAUGACAUUAAGAGACGGAGAAAUUUGCCAAAAUAAGUUUUUAGAGAAAAUCAGUAACCAGAAGUUGCUGACUAUUAGAUUGUUAACUGGAUUAAAAUAUUCAUUGAUAGACAACAAAUAUGAUCAUUUAUCAAAUUCUGUGGAAGUAUUCACUUGGCAAAAUUUCAUUCAGCACUCAAUUGACAUUGAUUUAUUAUACGUUGGGAGUCAAAUUUAUGGCAGAACAAUAUUAUUAGUAGAAGGUAGAUCUAGUUACUGCGACCAAAUUUUUCAAUUAGUCAAAAGGAAGUUACAUCAAUGCCUGCUAGUUUUAUCAAGAGAUUUAGUAAAGGUCAAUUUCUAUGAUAAUUACUUACAUUUGAAACCAUGGGACCUUGAAAUCACGCAAGAUAAAAACCGAAAUUUGAAUAAUGAAGGUUACUUAUGUUUAGAGAUAUUCAAAGAGUAUAUUUCAUUGUUUAUUCCCAAAUUAUCGACUGUAGAAAUUGAAAGAUACAAUUCAUUAAAGUUUCAUAUUCACUACAUUAUAUUGAAACAAAUACAACUAUUUUUGGCCAAACUCUCAAUUGUUUCAUUCGCUCACUUUGCUAUUGAUAAGGCUUGGGAAACAGGAGGCAUUUCUUCCAGAGAUCUUGAUCAUUUGUUAAGUUCUUUCCAUUUACCAAAUUUUUAUGACAUUUUGAAAAAUUACUAUGAAAGAGAUUUAUCCAUGGUGAUUGAAUUGAGUCAAAAUGAAUUUUCACCGAUUAGAUAUGGUAGAGAAGAGAAUGAACCAAAUAUGAUAAAAAGAUUGUCUAAUAUCCAAUGUCUUGAUUCAUUUUUACCACCAAGCCUUAUAAAACUACCAAACUGCCUUUCUGAGUUCUUUGUCAAUGAUGAGGAACAACUGGCACAUAAGGCUUUAAAAGAGGAUGUGGCGUACUGUAUAUUUUGUGGUACGAAAGUUCACGUUCAGAAGCUGUCUUCGUUGCAUAGAUAUCUUCAAGGAGAAUGUACGAACCAUUCUAGAAAUCAAUGUAAAGUGAUAUCAUCAUUUGGAGCAUUCAUUUUGGUCAAAAGCAAUACUAUUUAUUUAUCGUAUGGCAAUAGAGGAUCAUUUUAUCCUGCUCCAUAUUUAAAUAGGCAUGGUGAACCAGAUGAAGAUUUAAAAUACAAUGCACCGGUUUAUCUUAAUACAAAUAGAUAUAGACAUUUGGUCAAUGAGAUAAUACUAGGUAAUUCAGUGCCUCAUAUUGUGUUCCGAUUAACUGAUGGAAAUUCAGAUCUAGGUGGUUGGGAAACUAUUUGA